GCCACAGAGCCAUCAGCUCCCUGUGCACUACAACAUUCUCAACGCACUUCACUGCAUUCCGUGGACUGGAACCAAACAAGCGGCAUGGCGUUGAUGAAGUCCGGGUGGCUCUGGAGGCAAAGCUCCAUCCUCAAACGCUGGAAGAUGAACUGGUGUGAUCUGUGGAUCGAUGGCAGUCUGAUGUUUUACAAGACGGAGAGUCGGCGGGACCCCGAGAGCCACAUCAGCCUGAAAAGGCAGUGCGUGGAUGUAAAAGCAGGACUGGAAUGUACGGGUGUCAUUCCCCCAGAGGGACAUCCAAAGGAGAAUUUGCUGGUGGUGGUUCUGAGGGACAGAUCCUCCGUUGUGAUGUGUGCCAGCAGCGAGGAUGAAUCACUGGCAUGGAAGCUGACAAUGAUGGAGGCCAAAAGAAAUACAGUAUACAUGUACAACCCCUAUGAUGAUGGAUACCAGUAUGUCUCAGUGGACAGUCACAACGCCGUCUACAUAAACCCUGAUUAUGCCAAUGGAGGCAUUCACCACAUACUGGUCCAUCAGCAGCGCAGAGAUGGGACAGGGGAACAGGUGGCACUGGGGCUCCUGGCUGGGAUGGCUGCAGGGGCAGCAAUGCGAUCUUUCUUGUGGAUGCCCUUCUGGUUUUGCUGAGGGACUUAGGGGAGGUUGAACCACUGCUGUCAGCCUCACUGAACUGGAGAAUGUUGAUAUAUGAGAAACAGCAGUGAUUAGGGGUCUCAGUAUGACCCGUGGUGAUACAUUAUAGUGCUUUACAAAGACUUCUCAAUCUGCUCUUGCAAGGGGCAUUUAUCACCCCCAUUUACCUGCAAGACAUUUCAGGAUGAUACUGCCCCUUUUAUGGUGUCAGUCUUCAAUCAUCUUUGUGAAUCUAGAAUUAUUAUUUUCUUAACUAAAAACAUCUGCACUUGCAGUAUACAAUUUUGGAUGUUUUAUAAUUGUGUAUGAAAUCUAUGCACUAAGCCAAAAUUGAUACAGGUCAUACCUGUCAACAUGUAUUCUAGUACAACCAUAACAUAAUUUAAUAGAAUCCCUCAUUAAAUUAAUCCUAGUAAAGCACAUAAUAUUAGUGAAGAGACACUUGUGCAACAUCCACUAAAUUGAAUGUGAUUCAUGUGGUCUUUUGCCUGAGGUUCACAGUGAUCGAGUGAUUUGAUCAUAAGGCAGCAAACUUUUGUGGAUAGGCCUUAGCAAUAUCAAAGAUAGAUGUUUGGAUGCAGAUAUCAGAUCACUAAGCACAUCUCCUCCAUUGAUUGUAACCUGGACUUUGUGUUGCAUAAUGCAAAUACUUCUGCAACACUGAAUAAAAAAAAUGAAAGUAUAUUUCGGUAUGCAACUUUUUGUUAUACUGUCGAAAAGAUAUGUCCUUUUAUACAGUCACACUUCACACUGAGUCGAAAGUGCAGAGUCCCUUUAGAGCUAUGUUUUCCUGAUGGUCGGCAAUUUGUUAUAAUCACCACUAGGUGGAGACAAAUAACGUGCUUUGGUUUGCCGUUAAGUUUACAGCGGUAUUAAUCGCGUUAUUACCAUCGUAAAAAAAGAACUUUGCAGCAUGACUAUGGGUAACUUUAUAACUUUGGUAGUCUGUUUGCCGGAAAUUGCAUCUAAAAAUAUUUGGCUAUAUAUUACACUUACAAUACGAGACCCUUAAAACACAUCAGAUUUAGGCUGUCUUUACUCCUUCUGACAGCUUAAUCGCGGUCUAGUCUGUAGUACAGCCACGUACAUAGUGACUAGUCAUUAAUCAGUUGAAUCUUGGCAACUUCACCCACGCAGACCUAAAUAUAAUGAGACUGAUCUUCGAGCAGCUGUUUUUGGAUGAAAAUAGCAUCCCUAGAGCUGCGAGGCAAGAACAACUAAUCCGGUACGUUUUGUAUGUAAUGGUUUUCAUUUUGCGCUUGAAAUGCAGACUGACAUAUACAUUAGCCUCCAUUUUCUUCAAUCUGUUGCCUAUGUUAUGUCCCUCAGUUAACAAAUAGCAAAGUAUUCAUUCAAAUCAGAGGUUAGGAAUAUAAUUGGGAAUAGCAAUUUCCUUAAGCUUAAUAUGCUAAUAUGGUACUCAUUCAUUUUUCUUCCUUUUAUCCAGCUGGAACAUGCAAAAGCUUUAAAUAUUUCUACGGUAUUUAUUUAAACUUGAUUCAAAUUGUUUUAAUGACAUCCAUGGUUUGAAACCGCUGCGCAUUUCAAAGGCAGUUUUUGUGUAUGGCUAGUUGUCAUGAUAUAUUUUAAUGAACCAAAAUUAAUAAAGAUGAUGCUGUUGUGUGUGCUUGACCCAGGCUCGCCGGCACCACAAUAUAUUGAUGACCUAGUUGGUGGAAAUCUAUAUUGGAUUCCAAAUGAGUUUAAUAUGAUUUAAGUGACGACUGUCUUAUUUUGGUCUUGCAUAGACAUUGUGUCACUCAGUCAAAUGCAGCCGUUUUUGUAUAUUUUAACGCGAUACUUGUUUAUAAGACAGAAGGAGCAUGAUGCGCACACAAAGCAGAGUGCCGUCGGCUCGCGGCGCACCACGCCUGCGUGACUCAGCAGCCGAGGCAGAUGGCGCGCGAGGAGCGCAGCCGUCAGACAUCCGCGGGGGCAGCGGACCUGUCCGAGCGCGUGCCGGAAAUGCGUUUUCGCCGACGUCACCACUGCGAGUUUCCGCUCGGAACCAACCAAGGCAGCACGAACUUUACCACUUCUGUGAGAGAAUGUUAACAUCCAUCCAUCUUCUAACCGAUUAUCCUGGUCAGCAAAGGGGGUGGCGGCUGGGGCUUAUCCCAGGCAGCACAGGGCAAAAAACACCAUUGCAGGGCACAACCUGUAUGAUUACGCUUAAUCAUAAAUAUAUAUAGAUGUGUAUAGAGAGCUAAAUAAAACACAUGCAUAAAGUUAGCAUAUUAAAAUGGGGGAUUGUAUCAUGAGAAAAGGGUCCAAUUGCAGAUCUGGGUGUCAUAGCAGUAUAUGUAGAAUACCACAGUUCUUCAUAAUCUAUCAUAUUUGACAAAUAUGGGGAAAUAUGGUUCUUAAGGUCCACUUGUGUAUGUGUAUUGUAAUGAAUGUUUUAUAUAUAUAUAUUUUCCCCAAGGACCAUGCCUUCAUCUAUUCCUCCUUAAUGCAGACUGGAACAAAAAGCCCAGUCACCCUGGUAACAAUGUCCUUUUCAAUCCCGAUUCUGCAUUCCAAUCCCAAUCUCCUCCUCAAAUCCCCACCGGAAAAAAAAAAAAAAAGCUUUUUCCAUAGUAACUAAAUACAGAUCUUUAUUAUGGAUGACAAAGACACAAUCGUGUCACAAUGGAUUCUAGCAGUGCAAAAUAUGAGCUAUUGUGCAAAGCAGCACAUAGCGGAAACUCAUCACUAGUCUGUUAAAAAUGAUCAAAAUAAAAAAUAAAAAAGAAAGGAUCGCUCCCUAGGAGACGAAAGCAGGAGCAGACCCACUCCAGAGAAACACUGCAUCGCUGGGCAGUGGGAGAGGAAAUUAAAGGACAAUGUCAGACUGAACAUCCAAUAGGAGGCUUCAGGCAAAGGAACCGGCGACAUGGAGAAGAUGAUAAAUAUAAAUUACUCAUACGAGUGGCGGACCACCACAGGAUCCGGUAAAAAAUAAAUAUUACAGAAAAUAGAUGAUUUCAGGGUUGUGUUAAAUAGACAUCAUUAACAAAAAGACAAGUUGUGCUGAGAAUUACAACGCAAAACCAAACUUAAUAAAGCCAAAAAAAAAUAAUGGAAGCCCAAUGGAUGGAUGUUAAAAUAACAGAACUCUUACAAAGCUCAAUUCACUGAACACACUUCCCUUAUUCAACAAGCCCCACGCAUAUUAAAAUCUACUGCAAUCAUUUACCGAUCUACUCGGAUGCAAUCCUUAGAGACAGAAGAUAUCACAUAUGAAGGCUGAAAACAGAGACAAAAAUAAGAACAUGUUCAUUAGAAAGAGCAAUUUUUUUUUCCCAAAUUCAAUUUAUUCCAACUCCUUUCCAAACCACUAUCAUUUUGAAGGAAUCUUAACAUCUUGCUUCACCCUUUUGGAUCUUUUUACACACUUAAAACCUUCCACCAUGAGAAAAGGUAGCUACAAUUCCACACCUCUAAAUCCCAGCAUUAUUGGCUUAGAAUAUCGGAACUUGGGUCAUUCAAACAUUUCCACCUCAAAGUUAACGCGACAUCAUUCCUGCAAUUUCAGAUCUGCUCCGAGAUUAACGGAAUUACGAGUUUUAGUCAUGCGGGACGUUUUGCGCAGGUUACCGUAGCAGCGAGACUGAGAAUUCUGUGUCCAACUCUGACAGCCGCUGUAAUGACAAAGAUCUGCCAAAACCUGAAGUGCAGGAUCGGCACAAAAAUAAUGGGAAAAAAACAGAAUAAGUGAAACCCACAACAAGCAUUCAAAAAAUAAUAAUAAAAUAUUACAACACCAUUAGUGUCCACCUUGUGCUCGUGAAGCUUAAGGUUCUGAGUAAGUCAGCAUAACGACAACGACGAACAAGUAGUGUUCUUUUUCAGUCUGCCUGGGAGUUACAAUCUUGAUACUGAUACUGCAGCUGAUUGGGGGCGGGGGACAAAGCUGAGACACUGGAUGAAAGAGGGGGAGCGAGAGAGGAGGAGGAGAGGCAGGGAGAGUCGUUCAGCAUUAACAGGAGCAUCCUGAUUCACUGACAGGCUGCUCUGGCGGCUUCUCCAGCUUUAUGUCGAUCACUGGAAGCAAGAUGUCAAGGAGACAGGCACACACGCAUCAAACGAGGCCGUACGUAUCGCUCUUGGGAGUUAUACUUACACAAAGAUGUUCUGAGGGCAGAACGAAUAAUGAUUGGCUCCAGAUAACCAAUCACAUUGCAGAGGAGGUGGUUCCAAGCAACUGGAUGAGGUGGGACCAAGACAACUGAUUGGUUGGUCUCAUCUCCUCUAGAUUUCCACCAACUCAAUAUAUCAUGGUGCCAGCAACGCAUGCUUUGGGCUAAAUGGCACCAAUUUUUCGGCAAUAAGGUAAGCAGAAAAUGGUUAAAAAAAAACCAAAACUUUAUAAAGAAUGGUGCAACAUCUGUAUCAACAGGCAGCCACAGAGUGGGACUGAUGUUCAGCCCAGGGCCAGCCUGUUUUCUCUUCGUUCCAGGGGGAACUUUGAUAAAUGAUGCCAUGCUUCAAUUCUUAUUAUCCCGGAAAAUUUAUUACCGAGAUUUCAAGAAGAAAAUAAACAGCAUAUUGAUCCAUUCAAGCAGUCAGACUUUUUUUUAGCCUCGCCUGGUCCCUUUCUAACAUUGUUUGAGAAACUUCCCGUGAUUAACAAUAGCAAGCGAUUAUUGGUGGCAGCUCUACUACCGCGCACUGCGCACACUCAGCUCUAUUGUGUGUGUAAGAUGACUCACUACUUAAUAUUCUGAAGUGUUGUUUUAGAAUUUCAAAGCCAUAAAAUAAUUUUGUUUCUGACCGGCAUGACAGCUAAGCGGCCCACAUGGAAUUCUCCCGAGUCUCCCGGCUAGUCACUUCAGGCCUGACAACAGGCGUAAUCUUAAACUGCCAAAUACUCUACUCAUCUUCACAUUCUACACGCUUCUAUACCGAGUUGUGGGGGUCUGGAGCCUAUCCAUGAAACAGUGGGCACAAAGCCAAGUAUUCCUAUAGGCAUCAAGUGAAAACAAGAUUCAAAGGCAGCCAGUGCAGUAACUUCCCGUAAAGGAUACUGUCUUCCCUGCUCUUGUCCUGUGUGCUCUCCAUUCCAGGCAAGGCGGCCGCCACGCGGCGGAACAGCUGGGGGCGGAGGCAAGAACAGUCAGUGACAAACUCAGGGGGCUGCUUCUUCAGACAGCAGCUAGUGGAAGGAGGCAGGACGACGCCCCACCCGAGCCUGCGCCCCACCCACACCUUCACAGUCGAGGUACCACACAGUCUGAAUACACAUUAAGCUGCCAGAGAGAAGAACCACAUGCCUCACUGCAAGUGACCAGAAAUCAUGCUGCGGUGAACCUGGAGGCUGGUUUAGGUCUGACCUUUGAGUCUUUAUCUAGAACAGUGUUUCCCAACCCGGUCCUAGGGGACCCACAGAUAGCCCAUGUUUCUGCCUGGGAGCUGAGAGGGAGCAAAAAUGGGAACUGUCUGGCAGGGAGCAGGGAAGGAGCAAAAAUGGGAACCGCCUGGUGGUUUCUGAGGACUGGCUUGGGAUACACUGGUCUAGAAGAUUAAUGGCUCAGGCAUCGUAUAAAAAUAUCCUGCUGAUUUUCUUCCGGGCUUAUAGCUGAAAAGUACUUAAUACAAAAUGAGAGUGUGAAAAUAAACCCCAUUGUACUUUUCAAUGAAAAUAAAAGCCAAGACAAGCACCUCAUUCUCUUUAAACUCCGUUCACCUUGUUUCCAAAGGGCCAAUUGAAAAAUUGACCCCCCCCC